AUGGCGGCGACGUCCUCGACGGCGCCCGCGAUCGAUUUCGAUGGUAUUUUCUCUCAGUACACCGGAAACGCCAUCGUCGAUCGCUUGCUCUACGUCGCCGAUCACGCGCGCGACGUCGGCGUCGUCACCGAGGCGCUGCGUCACGCCAAGCGCGCGCUCGAGGGCCGGGUCGAUGCGUUUAGUUUGAAGCCGACGACGUCGAAUGGGUGCGCGUACGAGCGAGCGAUGGCGAUCGCGAAGAAGCGCGAGGUGGACGCAAGCGUCGUCGGGUUCACCAAGGCGUGGUUGGAAGAAAACGCGAGACGCGCGGACGGGGAAUUGGACAAACUCGAAACUGGGCUCACGGACUUGUUGACGGAGCGCGUCAAGGAGAACCUACGCAUGCAGUACGUAGAGCUCGGCGAUCACUAUUACGAUCGAGGUGAGUUGAAAAAGGCGUUGGAGUGUUACAUGAGAACGCGGGAUUACUGCUCCACGCCCAAGCACGUCGUGUUCAUGUGUCUGAGCGUCGUGUCGGUGUCGCUCGAAAUGGGAAACUUUGCGCACGUCAACGUGCACGCGAACAAAGCCACGGCAGCUCUGCAAAACAUGGACGAAGACGCCAGCGUGCGUACCGAUCAAGCCAAAUUGGCGUGCGCUUGUGGAAUAGCAGCGCUUCGAAUGGGAAGAUUUCGAGAGGCGGCGAUCAAGUUUACAGAAAUAAACGUCGAGAUAGGAACUCAUUACGCCAACGUGUGCGCGGCGAGGGAUGUGGCGACGUACGGGACGUUGUGCGCGCUCGCGAGCUUUAACCGAGAAGAGCUGCGCGAUUUAGUUUUGAACAAUCAGAAAGGAGCGUUUCGCGCUCACUUAGAGACGGCAUCAGACAUUCGAGAGGUGGUGAAUGAUUUUUACAACUCGAAGUACACGUCGUGCUUCGCCACGCUAGAUGGCAUGCGCGAAGCGCUCACCUUGGACAUUCAUCUCGGUGCGCACAUCGACGCGCUGUACAAGCGCAUACGGGAUCGAGCUCUCAUCCAGUACGUCGAACCAUACGUCACGGUGGACUUGUGCGUGAUGGCACAGGCGUUCAACACCACGGCAGAAAAAGUGCAAGACGAGCUCGCGCGUUUGAUCGAGGAGGAUAAAAUUCGAGCCAAAAUCGAUGCGAGCGAAUGUACCUUGCACGCCCUAAAGGAAAACCCUCGAGUAAAGGUCGUUGAGCAAGUCAUCGCCGAUGGCGAGCGUUUUGAGACAGAAACUCGCGCCGCGCUGCUCAAGAUGUCCCUAUUGAAGAAUGAUGUCGUCUCGCGACCGGAGCAUGACGGCGCUCGAUCGCACCGCUCGCUGGACGAGUAG